GAAUAACUUUAAAAUGUGCUUUAGGUAAGUAGGAAUAUACGACACGGUUGCAUGUGUCAGCACCAAAAUAUCUCACCUUUUCACUUUUGCUAAAAAAGGGAUUUAAACUGAGAAUUAUUGUUUCAAUCACUGUUUUCAUUUUCUUGCUUAGAGAUAAGAGAGGGAAAAGUUCAUUUCUCUAUUGUAUAAAUUGAAAUCUUCUACUUCAGAGCAAUAAACAAAGAGGGAAACAGAUACCAGUUGAGAAAAAUGCUGGAAGGGAAAGGGGUGAUUCAAGAUACAGACAUGCCUGUGAAGAUGCAGAUCCAAGCAAUGCGUUUGGCUUCUCAAGCUCUGGAUGUUUAUGAUGUUUUAGACUGCACAUCCAUUGCUGCUCAUAUUAAGAAGGAGUUUGACAAGAAAUAUGGGGGUGGCUGGCAGUGCGUGGUGGGAUCAAAAUUCGGGUGUUACUUCACUCAUACUAAAGGAACAUUUAUCUAUUUCACCUUGGAGACUCUUAACUUCCUCAUCUUCAAAGGAGCCAACUCUCCUUAGUAAGAUUUUGAUUGUGAAAACAAGGCCUGUAAUUACUCUUAGCUUAAUAACUUAAUUGUUAGAGGGUUGGAAAUUUGUAAUUUUAGCCAGUUUCCACACCAAAUGGGAUUUAUUUGAGGCA